AUGUCGACCACCCUGCAUGCGAAACUGGGGUGCAUUGAAAUUGGGUUGCUUUUUGCUGUUAGAAAAAGCACUCUUAGCAAACACCAAAGAAAAUGGCUUUCUGCUUUUGCAACCAUCUACUGCUCUAGAGCCUUCAACAUUUCUUCUCUAUCCAAACCCAAAUUCACAAACACCAAAAUACCUCGCUCUCCCUCUUAUGCCACUCUUACUGUCGAGCCAGAUAACGAGUUCGAAAUUGAUCAAACCACCCUCACUGACCUUGUCAAGGAGAAAAGACUCAACCAGCUCCGGGAGCUGGGAGGGGUUGAAGAAAUAGCAUCAGCUCUCAAAACUGAUGCAGAGCAUGGAAUCCAUGGCUAUGGUGAUCCUCAAGACAUUGCCAAAAGAGUUGAAGCAUUUGGCUCAAACACAUACAUGAAGCCACCAGCAAAAGGGUUCUUCCAUUUUGUGUGGGAAGCUUUUAAAGACCUCACAAUUAUCAUCCUCUUAGGCUGUGCUGCACUCUCUCUUGGUCUCGGGAUCAAAGUGCAUGGCCUUAACGAAGGCUGGAUCGAUGGUGGAAGCAUAUUUAUCGCAAUCAUUCUGGUGAUUUCUGUGUCGGCUGUAAGUAAUUACAGGCAGAACAGGCAGUUUGAUAAGUUAUCAAAAGUCAGUGACAAUGUCCAAAUUGAAGCUGUGAGAGGCGGCAGGCGCCAACAGAUUUCGAUAUUUGAUAUUGUUGUUGGCGAGGUCAUUUGCUUGAAGAUUGGAGAUCAAGUUCCAGCUGACGGGUUGUUUCUUGAUGGCCAUUCAUUACAAGUAGAUGAAUCAAGCAUGACGGGGGAAAGUGACCAUGUGGAAAUAAAUCAAACCCAAAAUCCAUUCUUGUUCUCUGGCACCAAAGUGGCUGAUGGCUACGCUCGGAUGCUUGUAACUUCUGUGGGCAUGAACACAACUUGGGGUGAAAUGAUGAGCCAAAUCAGCCGUGACACAAAUGAACAGACGCCUUUACAAGCUCGCCUCAACAAGCUAACUUCAUCAAUUGGUAAAGUUGGUUUGGUUGUUGCUUUUCUAGUGCUCAUUGUCUUGUUAGUUAGAUACUUCACGGGAAAUACACAGGAUGAGAAUGGAAAUCAGGAGUAUAAUGGCAGCAAGACCAAAGUUGAUGACAUAUUAAACGCGGGUCGUUGA